CAAUAGCUGACCCCGGGCUUCCGCCCCGAGAGCUGUCCGACAUGAACGGACGGGUGGAUUAUUUUGUCACGGAGGAAGAGAUCAACCUGACGAGAGGACCCUCGGGGCUGGGCUUCAACAUCGUCGGUGGGACAGAUCAACAGUAUGUCUCCAACGACAGUGGCAUCUACGUCAGCCGCAUCAAAGAGGAUGGGGCUGCGGCCCGGGAUGGGCGGCUCCAGGAGGGUGAUAAGAUCCUCUCGGUAAAUGGCCGAGACUUAAAGAACCUGCUACACCAGGAUGCUGUAGACCUCUUUCAUAAUGCGGGAUAUGCUGUGUCCCUGAUAGUACAGCAUAGGUUACCAGUGCAGAAUGGACCUAUAGUACAUCGAGGUGAAGGAGAACCAAGUGGGAUUCCUGUAGCCAUGGUGCUGCUACCAGUGUUUGCCCUCACCAUGGUUGCAGUUUGGGCCUUUGUGAGAUACCGAAAACAGCUUUGAAAUGCUUGCGGUCUUCCAGUGUGUCCAAUGAACUAUUUCUCUCACUCACCUUCCCUGCCAGUCUCCUAUAUCCUUUAUCCUCUACAUAGCCAACACAUGAUUUAAAGUGACUGAUUACCACUCAAAACCUUGCUGUUCAAACUCGCCAAGACUUCAAAUUCUAAUGGGAGAGUAAAGGUAUUAUUUGAAGAAAAGCUUGUGGGGGGGAGGGAGAAGCCUUGCUAAGAACAAAUGAGAAGUUACAUAUUUUACUAGAACUGCCAAUAAAAAUUCAGCUAUCACCCAAAGAGGAAAAGCUCAGUCUUCCUGUCACCAUGGAUGACACCUUUUUCUUAGCUGGCAUGUUUGAAGGCUAGCUGUGCUACAUGGAAGGAGGAGCUGAUCUUUACUUUUUUUCUUUUCCUUUUAAUGCUUUUCCUUGUGAAGUGUUUGUGGCCUUUAAUUUGUAACUCUAUACCUAGAUGCCUAUAUUGGACACAGGCGAAUGAAGUUUUUUUUUUUUAAACUUACUUCAAAAAAUAAAUAUAUACAGUAGUACACAUAUGCAUAUAUGAUAACAUAACACUGAUGCCUUAUAAGAGGUGAGAAAACCAUACUAGUUCCUGGGUUUCUAAUGAACAAUUUUUUGGGACUAGGGGGUCAUCAUAUUCCUUCAUAUAUAGUCAAGACUCAUAUUAACAGUGAGUUCUGGAUUGUAAAGAGAACCUCCUUGCACACUUGUCUGUAAGUCAUUGUCCACAAAUUACAAACAUACACAGUGCUAAGGGAUGACUGUCAAUGAAGCACGUCAGGAGCUCUUUGCAGAGCGUGUAUAGUGGAGAUGGGAAAAUGAUCUUUAAAAGAGAAAGCUCAAUCAUUAGGGAAAUAAUAACAGAAACAAUGGAUUGGAAACUGUAGAACAAGUGUCACACGGUAGCUAUGGUGAUGUGGUGAAUUGUACUAGAACAGCUCUGCUCAAGUCAAUCUGUUCAAAGACUUUGAGGUAUAAAGACAAGUUCUACCAAUCUCUGAACCAGCCUAGUUGGUAUUUAGCAGUGCUGUUAAAGGGUCAAGUGGGAUAGAUGUGGGCAGUAGUAGGGCCCAAUGAACCAGAAGGGCCAAAAGUUGUCUUGAUAGACGACUGAAAAAAAGAUCAUGCCUCAAGGUGGCACUUGAACCCUCAAGGCUGCUUCACAGUUUUCAGUUUCUAGUAUCAGGCAAAACCUUAGGAACUGCCUUUCUGGUAGAAUAGACCUAAAACCAGCCUGCUUCUGAUUAAGAUAAGAAGGCCUGAAUUGAUGUGGUUUUUGGUUUUGUUUACCCACCCCCUACCCCCCGCCC